GUUAGAUCGUUGACAUCAUCACUUUGCGGCGGAUUAUCCGGAUGGAUUGAGCUAUUAGUUCGAUAUCAUCAUCAUCAUUAUCAACAAGACAAAAUACGAUAGAACACCACCGUUUAUAUAUUACCUUCCCAUCUCCUUUGUGCCUCUUCACAACUUUCCUAUACCUAUCAACUUAUUCCCAGCAAAUCAAAUUCCCAUUCCCAUUGCCCAACCCCAAUCUCACCACACCACCAAAAAAUCUCCAAUCCCCAACUCAAAAUGGGCAUCUCCCACAGCACCGCGCGAUACGUCGCCCCCCUCUCCUUCCUCAUCGAUUUCGCAGCUCAACAAUAUGGCAUGCUAUCCUCCCCAAACAUGAAAGAUAUCCACGACGCGCAUCUUUCAUUCUGGUCUCCACAACCAUACGCCAUUGCACUGUUCUUUUUCCCGCAACAGAUCUUCCAAUUGGUGUGGUUGUAUCGACUGUGGAAAUUGGAUCCGAAGAAAAGUAUCAAGGAGAAGGAGGAGGUGGAGAAGAUGGUGGAUUUCGUACCGUUUUAUUGUGUGGGGAAUUUGUGCAUUGCUUCCUGGAUGGUAUUCUGGAACUCCGCAUCCCUUAAAACCGCAAAUGUAUUCGUCCUUAUCAAUUCGCUCACACAGCUCUACUACAUAUUUGCCCGUCAGCCAGCCAUGAACACACAGUCUACCUCUUCGAUUCUCACUCAUGUAGUUUCGAAAACCUUCGCCGGAAUCGGUGUUCUGGAUCUUCUCCACAAUGGAUCUGUAGCCUAUUUUGACCAUGAGGGUCCCUCAACCGCUGUCAAAAUAGUUACAGGAUUGGGAUUUGGCAUGUUGGCUAGCAAUAGCGAUUGGAUUUUCGGAGGGUGUUUAGUGUAUGAUUUGGUAGCGUUGGCGGUAGGUCAGAGACAGAUUGGAGAGACGGGAUGGAGUAAUUUAUUGGGGGUUUAUGCGGUGGGUACGGCGGGCUUGGUGGGUUUGAGAAAUUGGGCUAGGUGAGUGCUUAUUUUGUGGGUGGAAGAGGGGUGAGGAGCCUGCUGAUGGAUUUCAUGUAGACCUCCUUAUGUUUCGAAGAUUGAUGGUUAUGAGCCUACUCCGUCUGAUGAUGAGGAUAAUAUUAUUGUUUAGGCAAUGGAUUAAUAGGAUUGAUCGGUUGUGGGAGGAUCAAGUAUAUGUAUAAUAUUACUGUAUAAUCUAGAUUCACAUAAGAAAGGAAAUUUCGUGGACUUAAGUCCUGAACCAAUUCUUUGAUGGCGUUGAAGACAAUCUGAUCUGCGCUGGCAAGUAGAAGUACUAUAAUGGAUCA